AUGCAAAAUACACAUCAAAUACCAGAAUCCAGAAGAUGUGAACCAGCCAAAUUAUAUAAAAAAUCAUCUUUUGUUGAUAUAUAUGCAGCAUUGCAAUUCUUACGCAAUGGUGAGAUUUUUUGUGAUAUAAAACUUGAAACAGACGAAAACAAUGUAAUAUUCGCACAUAAAGUGGUUUUAGCAUCAGCCAGUCCAUAUUUCUAUGCAAUGUUUACAAAUUUUUCAGAACGGAAUAGUAAGCUUGUUGUUUUGAAACAGAUAGAUUCUACCGCUUUACAACUCUUAGUAAACUUUAUUUACUCCGGAGAAAUCUUGAUCACUGAAAAAAACAUUCAAGUUUUAUUACCGGCUGCUGAUUUCUUGCAGUUACAAGAAGUAAAAGAGGCAUGUUGUGAUUUUGCACAGACACUACUCUGCCCUAAUAACUGUAUUGGUAUAUACGCUAUAGCUGAUUUACAUGGUUGUACAAAAUUGUUAACAAGUUCAGAAUUAUAUAUUCAACAGCAUUUUUCAGAAGUUGUUGGUGGUAAUGAAUUCCUAUCCUUAUCAUCCGAACAAGUUGUUAGGUUGAUCUCAAGUGAUAAACUUAUUGUUCCAUCCGAAGAAAAAAAAAUGUAUUUACCCCAAUUAAUGGAAUACGUAAGAUUACCGUUAACAUCAAAAAGUUACAUAUCAAAAAAAGUAGUUGAGGAACCUCUUAUUAAGAAUUGUUUGAAAUGUAAAGAUUACAUAGAUGAGGCAUUGCAUUUUCAUAAUAUACACAAGUCAGAAAAGCUUAUUCCACAAAAUAUCCGCAAUAAGCCCAGACAUGGAGAUAAUGUUAUAUUAAUUGUUGGUGGAUAUGAUAAUGAAUAUAGGAAGAUUACAGAAUGGUACGACCCAAAAAUGGAUCGAUGGAAUUAUGGACCAGAAAUGAUUACAAGUCGUGUAAAUACUGGUGUAUGUGUAGUGAAUGACAAUUUAGUGUUUGCUGUAGGUGGUUAUAAUUAUCAGGGUGAACCUCUUCGGUCUGUAGAUAUGCUAGAUUUAACUUCAGAUUCACUUUGUUGGAAACCGAGUGUUGAUAUGUUAGUUAAGCGAUCUAAUUUAGGAGUUUGUGCAAUCAACAAUUAUUAUAUCUAUGCCGUAGGAGGAUCAACCCUGCAGUCAGAUACUGUUGAAUGUUAUUAUCCCAGUCUUGAUACAUGGAACCCAGUCGCAAAAAUGUCUGUUCAUCGCAGAAGUGCUGGAGUAGGAGUUUUAAAUGGUGUACUGUAUGUUGUAGGUGGUCAUAAUGGAUUUAAAUGCCUGAGUAGUGUUGAAGCAUACACACCAAGUACAGGAGUUUGGACGACUAUUGCUGAUAUGCAUAUGCCUCGACACCUUGCAGGAAUAGCAUUAGAUGAUUUAUUGUAUGUUGUCGGUGGAGAAGACGAAACUUCAUUUUUGGAUUCUACAGAAUGUUACAACCCCAAAACUAAUACCUGGUCCUUGGUGGCAGCAUCAAUGAAUCAUGAACGGACUUCAAUAGGAGGAGUAGCCUUUAAUAGGCCGCGACAUUUUAAGAAUGGUUUUCAUUUAUGA